AUGCCAUACCAAUACAUUCUGGCCUCUCAAAUUACUCCUCUGCACACUAGGAGAGCAGUCAGAGUUCGCCUUGUGCGAACAUAUGAAGUUCCUGAAUUGCGAGGUGGCAUUACAAGCAAAAGCAAAGAGUGCUUAUUCCAUGACGAAGAGGGUACAUACAUACAUGCAACGAUUCCUAAGGAAGAUGUUUUCAAGUAUCGCAGUUUAUUGAUUGAAGGCAAAGUGGAUAGACAUCUCAAGUGUACCAUAUGGGAUGAUCACGUUGCAGCCAUGGUCCCAUUUUUUAAUUCAAUUCAAGAAGAGCCCCUUAUUGUUUUGAUUCAAAUGUGUAGGGCAAAAGUUGUCAGUGGUGAGGUUAGAAUAACAAGCUCCUAUGAUGCGACCAAGAUGUGGAUUAAUCACAGUUCACCUGAGUUUACAGAAUUUAGGGCUAAGUUGGGUAGUCAAGGCACACCUAUGAGGAGUAUCAGUACUACUUCUAUUCUUUCUCAGAAAACAGUGCUUAAUGAUUUCAUAACUGGAACUGUUGUGAUAAGCACACUAGCUGAUCUAUAUAUGCAGACUGAGGGUGGAGAUUUUUACGUACCUGCAAUUAUUACUGGCAUUGAGACAAGUGGUGAAUGGUACUAUAUUUCCUGCAAAUCAGCUGGCUGCAAUAAAAAGCUCAAGUCAGAUGAUAAGGGAUUGCUUUUUUGUGAAAAGUGUAAACGCAAGUGGCAGAAGGGUGUAGUUAGGUACAAGGUGGUAGUUAGGGUGGCUGAUGCACAUAGUGAUGCUCCCUUCCUUAUGUGGGACAGGGAGUGUUCUGAAUUACUUGGUAUGCCAGCAGCUGAACUGAUAGCAAAUUAUAAUGAGGAAAAGGGUGAAGUUUCCACAGAAUUGGAAACAAUGAUUGGAAAGGCAAUGGUCUUCAAAAUUAAUAUUAAAAAAGAGAACAAGCACAUAUAUGGUUCUGCUUUUACUGUUAUGAGGGUCCUACGUGAUGAUGGCAUUGUUACUGCUUACUGUUCAUCACUUGCUCCUGAUCAAGAAAGGGACCUUAUAUCAAAAAUGAUUGAAGAAUGUUCAGAUGAUGAUUCAGAUAUGGAAGCAUCUCAAGGGGAUGAAGUCAACAGUCCUAAUACUGCAUGUAAAGAGAUUCAACACGAAGGAGACAAUCAAUUCAGUCCUUUAACUAAACGUUGCCUACUGGACCAGUACAACAACUAA